GGAGCCGUAGCUUGGAAGGAUGAGGGUUAAGUGACUAUGAAGGGGGUGGAGAGGGAAUCCCAGCCGGGAACUUGAGCUUGUUCAGCUGAGAAAGAAGGUUUCAGAAGAGAUGCAGCCGAAUGAUACAGCCCUACAAACAGCUUCUCUGGAUGAAAAAGAAAGUCACAGAAUGAAAAGAAUCUUCCCGUUACCAAUAGGAAGGACAUAUUAGCCAUGCAUAUUACUCUGUGCUGCAGGAGAGCAUCUCAGAACAACUGGCUUUACCUCUACCUGCAGAUUUAUACACCCAAUUAUCAGGAUUAAACCAUCAUAUAAUUCCUAAUCACUGGAUUCUCUGUUCACUAUUAAACCAAGCAACUAUGUAAUGACAAGCUGGGAAGAAUAUACAGUGUUGACGUCUGUCUUCCUUUGGCUGACACUUAACCUGCUUGAUCCACUUGGGGUUUCCUUCUAGCCUUGGAUGUUUAACCCCUUAACUGAAGAUAUCCUCCUUCUAUAUCCAAAGCAAGGCUGUCAUACGUCAGGUGCCUCCCUAAGGCCCAAAGGGUUCAUCUAUGGCAGAGUAAAUGGAUAACAGUUUGGCAAAGGAAAGUCAUGCCCAGCUCCUGCACGGUACACGAAGCCCAGUUCAUCUGCCAGUACAGUCUUGCUGCUUUGCGCCAUUGCUAGAAUAUAUUGUGACUGCCACAAGGACUGCAGACAGGUCCAGUUUUCUGCAAGUUUGGAAUUUCCAGUCCCCUUCUGCAAGUCCAAAUGAAGGAGAGCACCUAUAAGGUCUACAGUUUAUAUACUGAAGGUGAUGCUUUCCUGGGUACUCCGAGACGCAAGAAUGAAAGGGAAAAGAAGAGUCCUGGCUCAGUAUUAUAAAGAAUGAAUGGCCAAAACCCACGUGUAAUAAAGAUGUGCAAAUCUAGGGGUUUUGCAAAGCAUCAAGCUGUCCAUCCCUUCUGAGCUGAAUCAUGACGGGAGAGACAAAACAUGUAUAUGCCAUCAGCACCAAGGAAUCAAACUGCAAGGACUCUGAAAGUGACUCAGCUUUUGAACAGUUCAACAAUAAUGAAACAGUGAUAUCUUCAACAAGUAGUACAUCAGACACUUGUGGAAAUACCUUAUCUGGUUCAGCAAACAAAGCAUCUCAGUUAAAUGGAAGGGACAAAGAGACACAUAAUCAGAGGGAAGCCAUAAUAAGACCACAACAAGCAGGAAAGAUUGAUUUCAAAUUAUUGCACAACAGACCAAAAUUUUCAAGUGAUACUUCAUGGACUAAUAGUAGAAGCAACCCACUUUCUCCCACAGGAAAGAGUAGGGGGAAAGACAAAACAAGGCGAUCUGGAAAGGGAGACCGCAAUCAGUAUCAGCUAUGCAGACUUAAUAUUACAAAUUCAAGACCAAGUCCUACCAUUGGGAUUGCCUACCCUCAGCAAAAGGUAACACCACCUAAAAAAUUAGAAGUUAAUCAAGGAUCUAUCUCAGGAAGUUACCGCUUCCAUGUCCCUAAUGUUGCUGAGAGGGAGACAGAACAACAGCAGAAGGACCUUAGCUUCAAUCGAUGUUUCCAGGAGUCCAGUCCAAGCCUUACCUCCACCAGUUAUACCUCAGCUUCUAGGAGUCACCCUGGAUUAAAACUUCAGCCACCGCUGGGCAACCCUCAUGAAACUUCCAGCUCUAAUGUUCAGCUGCAUUUUUUAGAGUUUCAACAAAAUGGAAACUCCUGGCAUCCCUCCGAAAAAAACUUUCCAGGAGCUAAUAGCUAUGGUGUGUCAAAUCAAAAACGUUGUACAUUUCCUGAGGGCAAGAAGUCAGAUCCUCAUUGUUUUGGAUCCAUGCGGUAUCAAUAUCCAUAUCAGGCACUGCAGGAAGCUGUUGGUAAUACAUUCUGUAACAAUGCUGGUGGCCAGGACUUUGCAGAUGUCUCACUGUCAAUAAACCAGUUAGCACACAAUGCAUUCUCAUUUCAGUCAUCAUCAAGAGAAGGACCAGAUGAUCCACAUAGUAUUGGGCCUUACAAUGGUGUAGACAGCAGGACAUAUGUUCUUCCUUCUCCACAAGCUCCAUUUUUACAUGCACAGCAGGAUUCUCAACAUUCUCCAACGCCUCCAUGUUACACAGGAAGGAAUGAACAUAGCAGUGAUCACAAUGGUGCUAAUUCUUCAUCUGGUGCUAUAACUUCUUCUGGUGCUAUAGAGCAAACACAAAACACUUUUCAAGAAAAUCAAUCUGUAUUUAAUAAUGAUGAAUUAAGUUUACAUGGUAAUGGUAUGCCAACAUUAGGCAGCAAAAGGCAGCCUACCCCUAAAGACUUUGCACCCAGUCAAAGACUUCUGACUUCAGGAAAUGCACUACGAAGGAAUAUGCCACAGGAUCCUCUAAAUCAAGUGCACUUCCCUAGUAAAGCCUAUAACAAUGGAAAUACAGGAUCUGUAGCUUUUGAUAAUAGCAUUUCCAGAUUACCUCAGACUUGGGAUGCAGGAAGUAAGACAUUUCUACCCAUGGACCAAAAUUCUGUGUCUUUUGCCAAUUCUUCUGGAAAGCUUGUACCAUAUCAAUGCCAAUCUAAUCCUGAUCAGAGACAGCAUUUAAAACAUGAUAAAAUUCCUUGGCAACAAGUGCACCUUAUGUCUCCAGUGACAAACCAUAAUCAUAUGGAGUUGCAAAGGCACACUGGAAACCAAAAACUUCUUUAUCCUGCUUCCACUCCUGAGUGGAGCAAUAACAGUAUAAAACAAAUGAAUUCAGCAGAGUAUCACACAAAAAAGAACCUAACAGUAGAGGGGAUAUCUACACAGAGAAUUGAUGGAGUUAGACAGAGUUACAGCAAUGUUGUUAUGUAUGACAAUUCAAAAGAUGCAAGUCCACAAAUAUGUGAGUCAAGAAACAAAGGUGCGUUGUUUGGAAUAAACCAACAGGUACAACACACACCAUCUGCAAGAAACAAUAACAACCAAUCAGUGAAUUUAGCUGCAGUGUCUCCAUGUGAAUCUCCACUUCCUUCACCUGUUACUAAUGCAGUCUCUGGAAGCACCUGUUCAUCUCUUUCACCUAUCUCUAGUAGUCCUGUGAAUCCCAGUUCUGAUGAAAGUCAAAAAUCUAAACUUAACUUUUCCCCGUAUUUCCAACAGCCAUGCCUUCCAGUGGAAGGAAAGACAUUCCAUCUCACAGAUACGUCAAAUCCAAAUUCUCUUAUAUACCACCCACCAGAGGCUGUGAAACAAUUUAGUUAUUUAACAGAGGCCUCCAAGGAUGAACAUCUCUUUAAAAAUACACAUGAAAGUCAAUACACAAAGCAAAGCAAUGGUUCUAGCAAAGUUUGCAUGGAAAAAUUUGAAACUCCUCCACCUCCACCUUACUUUUACCACUUGCUAGCUAAUUCACUUAGCAGUGCAAAUUUGGACCAGUUGGAUGUCCUCCUUACAUGCAAACAGUGUGAUCAAAAUUACAGCAAUUUGUCUUCUUUUUUUGAACAUCGCCAGUAUUGCAGUAUGAAUGUCAAUUCUCAGAAUGAUUUAAAGGAUCUCAUACACACUUCUGAGGUCAGAAAACAAAUUGUGGAUCCCCUAAAGGCAACUCAGACUACUUCAGGGCUCUCUAAAGGUCCACUGGAAAUGCACCAACAAUUAUUUGGCUACAACAAAGCUGUUGAUUAUUUUCUUGAUAGUGAUACCAAAGGGGACUACAAGGAUGAGUCAAUGAAAGUUGAAAAUACAUUUCAGAUAACAUCCAGUAUGCCUCUAACAUCUUGUGACACAUUAGAAAUGGAUGAUGCCAAACUUGAUAGUCUAAUCACAGAAGCAUUAAAUGGAUUAGAGUUUCAAGUAGACAAUGCAGAAAUAGACAGCAGUUUCAUUGAUGUUUUUGUUGAUGAUGAUCCAUCUACACCAAAGGCAGUGGGAUGUGGUCAGACCUAUAAAGUAAAAGAGCCCAUUGAACACAAAAUAAAGCAUACCAGUGUAGAGGAAAAGCAAGGUCAAACUAAACAAGCUCAGUACAUCCAUGAGGAAAAUUCAGACAUAAAACAUUCAUGUAACCACAGGAAUGAAAUAAAGAGACAAAGUGAACAGAAAAAUGCUGAAUGUGAACCAAUUCACCCAUAUUAUUUUGAAACAGAGAAACCAGAUAUUGUAAAAAAUACUCCAGAAAUAAUGGAAGAUCAUGAAUUAGUCAAGCAAUGUAAAGAUGAAGAGACAUUUAAUUCAGAACUAAAAGGGAAAAUAAGUAUAAAAAAGAAUGAUCAAGAGAUUUUAUAUGACAACAAAAAGCACCAUGAUUCUCAAAGAGGGAGAGAUAAAAAAACAUCUUUGCCAGAUUUUUCCACAACUGAGAAUCGAAAGCCACAUAUGCCAAGCUCUAAAGAGGGAAAGAAAAAAAAAUCAUACAAUGGAACAUGGAGUAAAGAGUUAAUUCAUAAAAUUGUACAGCAGAAAAAUAAGCUUCAUAAGCUUCAUGUGAAAAACAAUAAAAACGGACAGUUUUCUUUAGUAACAGAAAGACAUUUUCCUGCAACUAAAAAGCAUCCAUUUGGGGAAUAUGACUACAUUUCAGAUUCAGAAGAUGACACCUUCAUCUCUUCUUUAUCAGGAAAGAGAACAAUAAAUGGCAAACUAAAAUAUACUUUCAAUCGUGAUCAUCAUGGACCAAGAACAAAAAGCAAAGACCAGGUUUGGCGAGUGGGAGAGGCUACACGAUUUCAAUUAAAAAAUAAAGAUUUGAGAAAUAUGAAGAAAGACAUGAAUAGGAUUAGGAGAAGAAGCAGUCAGUCUUCAACCAGCAGUGACCAAAGCACAAGUAAUUCAAGUGAAAUAGGUUCAAGUCCGAAGAGCACUGAAAGAACAGAUUCUGAAUUUGAGCAGGAUGCAUUAGUAAGUCAUGAUGGCUUGGAUGUAUCCACCCAAAAUAUUGCUAUAAAACCUCUAUGCAAAGAACCUUUAUUAAAGACAACAAAAUCUCAAAUGGAUUAUUCCAAAGGAACCAAAAAGUUUGGAUCAGCUAGGUUUCUACUUGCAGGCUCGAAGGCUUAUCAAACAAAGCUAAGUCAUUCAACAAAUUUUGAAGAUAAAGGUAAAUUACAGCAAAAUUAUGAAAAUGAAAAUGCCAAUAAAAAUGACUCUGUUAAAUGUACUGACAGUCAUUAUAUCGAGAAAACAGCAGAUGAAGCACAAGGAGUAAGCUCUUUUAACAAAGCUGUUGUAACCAACACAUUAUCACAAGGGAUCCAUCCUCCAGAUCUAAUUCUGAAUGCAAAUAAUUUAUCACAGCAACAUCCUUCCCUUCAAAAACAUUCCAUUAACUUCCAAGAAGCACAACUCCAGGAUUCCACCUGUCUUUCUGCAGAUUUUAACUCUGCAUUAAGCAUGGGUUUCUCUGAUGCUAAUGUAAAUGAUAAAGAAGGACUACAUAGUGAUCUUAAAGACUUUGCUAUAGCUGGAGGUUGUUACAGUGCAGAUCCUGUAGAGCUUAUCUCAACCACGAAAAAUCAAGAGACUUAUAUCCAUCAUAAUCAAACAUUCCCUGAACACGCAGACAUGCCCAGUUUUUAUGAUAACAUUUUUUCUAAAAAUCAGAGCCUUGCUUCCCAAAUGGAUGAGGUGUAUCUAAAUCAAAGUUCUCUGAAGAGCAACAAUGAAACAUUUGAGCAUAAGUCCUCUAAUUCAGCAUCCUUUCCUUCAGAAAACAAUGCUGAGAGCAAGUUAUCAUCUACACUUUCAUUUGAUUCACCCUCAUUAUUUGCUGAGUUACCUAUGUCAGAUUUUGAGUCCCCAUUGUACACCAAUGCUCAACCUACAAAAGACAGUUAUGUUGAUUUUACGUGUGCUGAUGAUCAAGUAAGGAAAUCAGCAGGCUUUGAACAGCAGUAUCCACAAUUUUUGCAAGAAAAGGGCUGGGACAUGACUGAAGAAGCCUCCACAAUAUUAUCUAACAACAUAGCCCAUUUUCAAGUCUUAAAUAGCCAAGGUGUUGAGAAAUAUGAUGAAGUUCCUGGCUCAUCCAGACCAGUUUCCCUGACCUUAUCAGAAACAAUCACAGAUUUCAAUACAGCAUUUAUAAAUACCAUAUCAGAAGAUGAUUUAGAAAUUAAAAGAUUGGUUACAGAGCUUGAAAGCCAGCUUCAGACUAAUAAACUGCACAGUGAGGCAGCUUCUCAGAUGUGUUUGAAGAAUUCAAUCAGAUUUGAACUUCGAGAUUCUUCUGCCCCAUUUCAAAACAUGGCAGUAAAUUCAGUUGAAAUGAAACAAAAGAACAUGUAUUUUAAGGAAACUCAUGCAAAUAAAAAUGACAUUAAUUGCUCCGGAACUACUGUCAAUAUGAAAACUAAACUUCAGGAUUGUCAGCCACUUGAAAAUAUUGAAGACAGCUGUGGGAAUGUCAAGAGUCCUUGGACUUGCUCUGUAGAGUUUGAGACAUUUAAUUCUACAGACCAUGAACCAACAAGGACACAUGAUUCUUCUAGUUCAACAGACAACUGUUGCCAGUAUCAGUUACCACUAAACCUAGAGUUACAAGAAGAACCAAAUUCUCUCCCUAACACACUUAUUCCCCCCACUGCCAUGCCUGAUGUAUCCUCACCUAACACCCACAAUCAAAAGAAUCAACGUUUUUCUGAAAACGAUGCCAUGAUAAAAACUGUGACCACAACUGAUCAGAUUCCUGAAAAUGAUAACAAUAAAACUACAAAAAUUGAUGUCAUACAAAAUAACUGUAGCCAAGAUUUUGCUAACAAGCAGCAACUAGAUGACAACUUUGAUGAUCCACCAGAAUUGGAACCAUUUCACAGUGGUCCUGAAACAAAUUCUACAUUUCAUCUGCAAGAUAGUAGUGCACCUCUAAUAAAUAUAACAAACACAUCAGAGAACAAGGCAAUCUUAUCUGAUGACAGACUACCCAGUUCAUUAUUUGGAUCAGAUAGCCCUGGUUCAACAGUAAAGUUAGGAUGCAAUGAAAUAAACAGCUUGUGUAGGAAAAAACAAUCUCCAGAGUCUGCAAGCUGCAUGAAACAUGUAAGUGGUGAAAAGACAAACCAAAACAACUUGCUUCUCCUUGACAUGCCAGUUCUGGUAAAGGAAGAAAGUGCUGUUUCUGAAAAAUUACCAGUUAUUCAAGAAUCAAUAGAUAACCCACUGCAACAGCUCCAAUUAUUUGUUGCAAGGACGGCUAAAACUAACGAAGAAGAAAUGCUGAUACCAUGCUUUCCAUUGUUGUUACCUACAUCCUCCCAUGCUGGGUCUCAGUUAGAAAUGGAAAAUGAUUCCCUCUGUGUCACUGAAAAUACACUAACAAUUUCUACAGAGGCUUCUGACACCUGCAUUGCAACAGCUGAGCUAAAAGAAACACCUGUUGAACAGCUGCAUGCACUAGAAGCUGAGGAACCAUACUCCGAAAUACUUCAUCAGUCAUUAAACAGUACAACAUCAAAAGAAGCUGAUUCAUGUCAUAACUUAGAAAAUAAAUGUUCAGAUGUUGCUGAUGUUGUAAGGGAGCGUGGGACACAAGACCACAAAAACAAGGGCCUCAGUAAUGGAUCUGAAAAGCAGAUAAGAACACCACAAAAGGUAGAUGAUCAGAAUCCAUGUGACACAAAUGAAAACAAAGUAUCAUCAAAACAAAAUGAACAAAUAGAUUCAAACUCUUUCAUAUGUAUAGCUGAAACGAGUGCAUUUACAAGUUCUUCUACCGCAACAAGCAAUACAGAUAAACCUUCUCCUCAUGACCCCCAACAUGAAGAAUAUGAACUGCCUUAUACAAUAAAUACAGACAUACAAAAAUUGAGUAAAGAUACAAAUAAUCAUGAAACUUUUAAGGCUUCCAAAGAUAUCUCUGCCUUUUUAAACCCAGAAAGUCACAUGCAGGAUAUGAAUAUGGUAAAAGAAAAAGACGUUUUCAUGGGAAAUGAUGAAAUCAGCAAGGGUAGCACUACAGAGUUCAAUAAAAAAUCUGAUACUUCUCUUUAUGUUGAGGAACCAUCUGCUCAAUUUCCCUUGCAUCACGGUCAUCUGAAAGCAUUGCAAGAAGGCAGCCUGGAAUAUCAUAUUCAGCUUCAAGACAUUAAUGAGCCCUCAUUAAAUUCACAGCUGAGUUUUGAUGCCUUCCCUCAUCUUCCUGUGGAUGGUUCUGAACAAAUGGUCUUUUCAGCAACAGAUAAUGUUUCAUGCUCUAAUCAAGACAAUACAGUGUUACAAAGCAUCCCAAAGUGUCAAGUAAAAGGUGAAGAUGCAAAAGCACAUAUAAUUGAAGGGACGGAUGCACUUCUUUAUACAAAUGAAAACAGAUAUGUUGACUCUUCUUUAGGGAUGUGUCAGACACAGCCAACAAAACUAAAAGACUUAGUCUCUAAAGAAAACUUACCUUCAUGCUUUUGCCCUGAACUAUUAUGCUCAAGCUAUAAAGAACCCCAGACUAAUCCUGUUGCAGAUAUUUUGCUCAGGUGUCAUUCGAUGCCUGCCAGUGAUGGCUAUUUAAUUUAUGCUGAAACUGAUAACAAUAAGCAAUUUUCAGCCCUCCAGACCCAACUUUUUACAGAAGAUUUGGAAAUGAUUAGAGAAUCUUCAAUGAGUGGACAAAAGCAUGAAUCUAUUACAUGCAACUGGAGCAAUACAGCUGACAAUAGCCAUAUAGACUGUGAAUUACACAGUGUAGACAGAGAAGCACCUUUGACAUGUGACCUAAUGGACAUUGCUGAAUCCAAGUUUGCAGGCUUAAGAAAUCAUGAAGCUCUGGCAACAACAGAUGCAAGAUUAAUUCAGUCUUCCAAAGAUCCAGCAAUAACUGAAAAUAUUAGUACAUGUGUUGAAACUGAAAUAAAAUGCACCAGCGAUAUGGACUCUGUUAUUUUGCGCAUUCUGGAUUGUGAUAAAAGCAAAGAAAUAUUAGAAAGCAUUGGCAUCCAAUCCAGAAAUGGACAAAUUAAAGACAAGAAGUCAACUGGAAUGUCACUGACAUGCAAUAUAUGUUCCAUAGCUUUUAAAUCGAAAACAGGAUUGACAAGGCACAAAGCUGUAAAGCAUAACACAAAAAAUGAUGUGUCAGUCAUGCUGCAAAAAGAAAUUCCACUAAGUGAAACCAGUUCUGCAAUCCAUAACUUGGGCCACAAUGACCAAAAUGGACAAAAACCCGUCAAAGCCUUAAAACAGCAAACAUGCAACACUGACUCUAUUGCUCAUAAUUCAUUCACAGAAACCCUAAAGCAAGAGUGUGGUCUUCCACAUCCAUAUGUGAUCUCCAAUGACAGUGCUUUAUCAGCAAAACCAAAAGGGGCAAAAAAGGUUAAAAGUCAAUCUGAUAGCCUUGAUAGCUUGGAAGAUGCUUGCAAAAACAAACUAAAUGGCAAGGUUAAAAAGAGAAAAGCUAAGCUACCUGUGAACAAAUACACUGAUUCUCAGGUUCCCUCUGAUGAUAUUUUGAACAUGCUCAAAACAAAUCUUUUAAAGGCAAUAGGUCAACCAAAAAGUUUUUCUUCCACUGAAGACAAAAAUGCAUGGCCCCAGCCUUCAAAUAAUGAUAAGCAGCAAGUGGAAAAUGGUAUUGAAAAUAGUUUGGUGGAGCCAUUUACUACUGAAACGUUUUCUGUUGAGGCUGAUGAGGUGAUGAGGAUCGCUAUAGAUCUGAAAAAAAAUGCAUCAGUUUUGCUUGGUGAACAGAUAUGGAAAAAAGAUGCUAAUGAACAACCUGAACAAACAAGAAAUGAUGUACGUGAUACAGAGCCUGUUCAAAGCAUACCAUUAAAUGAAGAAACUCAGUUUAAUCAAGAGUCAUCCACAAAUGGCAUGUGUUUAGAAAAGAACCUUGAUAUUAAAGAUAUAGAUUAUUCUAAUGCAUCAAAGGAAGCAGAUCAAGAUCUACAUAGCUUGUUUGAUGAUGAUAACACAUUUUCCCAACUUUUUCCAAGAGAUGAUCAUUUUAUCAGAAGAAAGUGUACCCGAGUCUAUGGAAAGAAGGCUAAAAGACAGAUACCUCAAUUUGAACCAGACAUUAAACAUAUGCCAGAAUCAACCCAUAUUUCUCAUGUAAAUUAUAGAAAUAAUUCCAUAGAUUCAACACUAAUCUGUGAUGGCAUCCUUAGUGUAACUGCAGAACCUCAUACAGAUCACACCAGUCCAGUGAAGACAGGAACUGAUGUGGAUGAAAUAAGAAUGAUGCCAACAUCUCCAGGUCAUUUCAUGAAAAAUAAUCAUAUGCCUUUGCUGACUGGGGAAAGCCAAAAAAUAACAGAGGCAAAUGUAUGCUUUGAGGACAGCCUGUAUAAUUCAUCUGGAGGAUCUAAAGAUUCAUUUGCACCAAUGAGAGAUUCUGAGUUGGAUGAUGACUAUAACAGCAAAUUGUCAGAAGAUACAAGUCUCCCAGAGUUUCCUACAAUUGACAUGAAGAUGCUUAGUGCAAAGUUUGACAUGCGUGAAUUGUCUUUUUUUAGUGCUUGUGGGGAUGAUUCUGACCAGUCUGAUAUAGAUACUCAAGAUAUAACAACUAACGGAGAUCAACAGAAAAGAUAUUGCAAAAAUAGAAUUGGUGAUAAAAGACAGGCACGACAUGGUAAUAUGAAUAUCAAAACCAAGGAUAAGCAAUACAAAUGUAAAGUGUGUUUCCAAUGGUUUCUAACAUUGGGUGAACUGGAUUUCCAUAAAUUGACUCAUAAUCCAUCACCUCCACCAACCUGCUAUAUGUGUGUUCAGAGAAAGUUUAGUUCUCGAGAACAAUUACGAGAUCACCUAAAAGAUAAACAUUCAAAAAAUAAAGCCGGCCUCUGGAUCUGUGGAAUGUGCUUAAAAGAAAUCUCUGAUGUUUGGAUGUACAAUGAACACUUACGAGAACAUGCAACACAGUUUGCCAGGAAAGGUCAGGCGCAGAAAUCUGUGAUGGGGAUACCUGGCUGUUUUUCUGAAGACAGUAUGGUUAGGACAUUCCUAAGCACCUUCAUUUAUAGAACACCUAGUAAGCCAUCAAAAACACCCGAUGGGGAGGACAAAAGCCCAUCAGUCAAAAAACAAAACCAAGCAGAUAACAAAGAUGAUGAUGACCAAGUGGUGGAAAAAGAACAAGUGAAGAGUAUCCAAAAUAUUACACCCGCUCCAGUCCAUGUAAAGCUUUCGGUCAGUGCUCCUUCAGAAACUACACAAAAGAGUGACACAGUUAAAAAAAAAUUAGCAAUUCACCCCCAUUGCAAGGAUCCUUCCAGAGAUUGCCAUCAUUGUGGGAAACAAUUUCCAAAGCCAUUUAAGCUACAGAGACACUUAGUGGUUCAUAGUUUGCAGAAAAUGUAUUUAUGCCAUAGAUGCCCCAAUUCUUACCAUGAGGUGCAGGAGUUAAGGAGUCAUCUUAACAGCAAGCAUCACCUGGCUGAAGAAGAGAUUGAAAUAAAGCACACCACCCUUUAUGCAUGUGAAUUAUGCGCCGAUGUAAUGCAUGUGAUAAAGAAAUCCUUCAUCUGUAGCACAUGUAACUACACAUUUUCUAAGAAAGAGCAGUAUGAUAGACACAUGGAAAAGCAUUUAUUUGGGGGCAGUAUGAUCUUUAAGUUUAGGGGAGUUGUGAGACCAGGCACUUCUGGAAAGGAAGUCCGAGAGAAAAGAAAAGAAGCUUUUACAAAUGAAAAAAUCCCACCUAACAAAAAACAAAAACUUAUUAGUGAAAGUGAACCAGACUCGCCUCCUACAGUAACCUGUUUUAAUGUUAAAACCAGCGGAGGUCAGUCUGCUUACUCUGAAAUGUCCCUCUCAUCCCAAUUAAUAAUAAACACAGACUUGAGCAGUAAAAGUGAACAAGACAUUGCAGUGAAAAUAGAAGAUAUGCAGGUUGAUAUGCCAAUAAUACAUGAAGAAAGACUCAUGAAUGACAGUUUACUAAACAUGGGAGCAUUGUGCAUGUCACCUGUUACUGACAAUCUAAUGAAAACUGAUGAAGACAAAGGAGACAAAGAGGAAGAUAUUUCAGCUGAGAUGAUGAAGAAGUUAAAUGGUGAAAUGGUCUCUUCUACUGAAACAGUGAAAUGCAAUAAACCCAUUAUGAAUGGUGAGGAGGAUUACAACACAGAACCUCCCAUUUUAAAUAUAGAAAGUCCAAAAAUAAAGAAAAUGUUGAUCUCAUCUAAACAGGUGGAAGAGACAGUUGAUGUGCCAGAAUUAGAAUGCCAACAAAUGGGCACAGAUGAUAUGUUUUGCCAAUUCCUCUCUAAUGAAACUGCUGAACUGUCUACAUCAAACAAAGAUAUAUCUGUUGAAGACAGCUCCCAGAGUGACAUUAUAAAGUCUGACAAAGAAGAUACCAUUAAAUCAGUUCCAGUGGAUGAGGCAGACAUCUCUGGCUUGCUUCUCAAAGAAAAGGCAGUUGUCCCUGAAGUCAAUGUGUCACUAAAAGAUUCCAAAGGCCUUAAAAAGAAUAGGUCAGUUAGUCAUGUAACUAGCAAGAUAAACAGUCAAAUGAGUGUUACGGCUGUUUGUGAUGAAGAUGCAAUAAAGAAGUCAUUAAAGCCAUGUGCACCAAAAGCAAAAACCUUUCUGGAGACAUCUUCUUUUGCUAAAAAAGAAACAUACCUUUUAAAGCAUGCAAAUGUGGAUAUAAUCAAAUCUUCUGACAAAAUAACACCAACUGUGCCCUCCAAGAUGCACCCAAAGAGCCGCAAAGAGCACAAGACAAUUGGUGCUAAGGUUUGCUCUGGCUCCCAGGAGAAUUUUUCUAGUGAUGGGAAAGCAAGAAAGAUAAAACUACUAGGCACUGGGAAGAGUGAGACUACCGGGAACUUAAAGAAACCCGAGUGGACUAAUGGUCUUUCAGCAUUUUCAGAGAUGAAAGAUGAGGCUCUUUUGAGUCGACACCAUUCCAAGCCAAACUCAGGAGGCAACAACAGCCAGUUUAAAAAAGCUAUGACUGAUGCCCACAACCAGAAAAAACAGAACUCUAAGUUGAGUAAUGGGGAGUACAAAAGCAAAAAUGCACUUCUAACAAAAACUUUGCAUCCGUUUGCUCCAAAAAGCUCCACUUCCUCUUCAAAUAGUGUUUCGAAUAGGCGCAGAUUGGGCCAAAACAUAAAACCAACUGAGCCAUUAAACUACAGGACUGCUGAAUCACAGAACAAUUUGUUAAGUCAACUGUUUGGGCAAAAGCUUACUAGCUUCAAAAUUCCUCUUAGAAGAGAUGUAACAGACUGAGACUGUUUCAAAUAGGCACUGUUGACAAAAAAAGGGAAAAUAAAACUUGGACUCCAAGAAACACAAACAUUUCAUUUUUUAAAACCUUUUUCUCAGUUGAGCUUAGUAAAACUUGCACUGCGGUGUGUAUGUAAAACAGUUUCCUUUAUGUGCUAUGAUAUACUUCAGCGCAGCUGAUUUCUCCUGCAAAUGUUGCAUUUCGGUUAUUGAUUUUGAGGAAUAGAAUCGCUUCGGAUAAACAGAAUUCCUGAUGCUGUCUAGACUUUUCUUUAGUACUGAGGUUAUAGGCUUGUUCCCAGAAAUCUAAUCUGGAAUCUCCCAUUCCACAGCAACUGAAGGAUACCAGGAUGGACAACCCUUAAAUAACAGCACUUUUAUCUAGACAGGGCCCUACCAUGUCUAAAUAUUUAAUAAUCAAUAUAUACAAUUGUAGAAGAUGUAUAAAGCUGCUUUGUUAGCUUUUAGAAAAUCAUUUUUGUGACUUUAGUUCACGGAUGGGUAACAUGUAUAGUAGCCAUCAAAAUGUGUUGGUGACAGCUCUUGGCAAAGCCAACAGCCUUCGGGAGGCCAUAUGUUGUCCAGUGCACACUUUGCACUUACUGGUUUAGUCAUUGCCCAAACACACUGGUCCUCGAAAAAUGUUCUAUGUUUUACUGGGAUGAUUGCAGGCAAAUGCAGCUGUAACCUACACUGGAUCCAGUUGAUCCACAAUAUAUUGGGAUAAUCACCUAUAUAUAGGUAUUAGGCAAGUAGAAUGCACUUGCAAUGGGCAGAGUGAAAGCAGCAAAUAUCUAUUCUAACCUGUCCUUAGGCAUUUCUCACGUGCUCACCAACACUGGACUGGUGAUGCAGCAUCCCUCAAUUAAAGAUAUCUAUGCUUCUGGUUCCAUAUACAUUUCCUAAUAGAUAACACAUAUUAUCCAGUUGAGAAUAUACACUCCAUUAUUUGUAUUAUUGCUAUUGUUAUUAUAAAUAUUUUUUUUUCAUCUAAGCCUGUUUUGGGUUUUGCUCAAUAAUGUAUAGUUCAGUCCAAAACCUUAUUAUUUCCUACUGUGUAUUGCUCGUUUUUAUUAAAUUUCUGUGACCACUGUAAAUAACCUGAAGGUAUGAGUAUUUUGUAAACACUGCAUAAUAUAACAGAGAAACUGUGCAAUCUCAGCUGCUUGUAACCCAUUAACACCUUCACCGCUACAUAAGCCCGCGACACUGACUGAGUUUCACCCUUUCAUUGCUCCUGAGUUUGAAGGACUUAAUUUGCUAAUUAAUAUAACGUGCUUGACAAUCUUACCGUAAUGCUCCCGGAAUCUUUUGCUUUAAAAACAAUGGUGCUAUUUGUUCAUAGAUCAAGUUAAUGUGAAAAGAGACUGAAAUUUUCAUUGUCCAGUGCCGGUACAGUGUUAAAAUCACUCCACACUUUUUUUUUCUUACUUAAGAAUAUAUAAAUAUAAUAUGUCAGAGAUUGGAACUCAGGUGCAAUGUACAUUCAGCCUGAUUCUACAGAACACCUCUAUCCAACAGGACCAUUCAAGGCACUGAUGUAGCAUCAGAGGCAUGUGUACUCUGCACAGAUCCUAAGUUACACAAAACGCAAAGCUUCCUCCUGUUAAUAUGUAUCAUUAAAGUGCAUUUUUAUUGUAUAAAAAAUAUUCUACUUAUUUGGUGCAAUGCAUAUUUCAAAAGAUUUUAUUUUGAUAUUUUUGUCCAUAAAGCAGAAAGAGCAUAAUGCCUUUUUAUAUUGUAAUUUUGUAUGGCUUCAAAUGCCUCUUUAUAAAUGUUUAAUUAAAAUAUGAGAUGAUA